AUGGGUGCCAUAGAUGUACUUACUGGUAUCAAACUUGAUCCAGAUCAUGGCGAAAAUAUCGACAGCGAUAUUGCAAGAUUCACCAGGUGGAGCCUGGAGCCUCUGCAAAGAAUACGCGGUUUUGAAAGCAUCCAUUCUCAAAUCGAACAAACUCUACUUGCCAGAGCAGAAGGCACGUUUUUGUGGGUUAGUUUCGUGGUCUAUGAGCUAUCUAAAAAGAGAACCUGCCUUCAAGUUCUCGAAACGAUUCAAGAUAUACCACCAGGUCUGCAUCCGAUAGUCGGAAGAAUGCUGCACCAAAUCGACCCGAAACACCGUGAUAUCAGUGCGAAGAUCCUCGAAUGGAUUGCAAUAGCCAUAAGACCUCUGACGCUUCGCGAGUUAGCCUACGCUGUUGGGAGUGGCAUCGAGUGUAUGGCAGAUAGAAUUGCCAUUUGCCAACCACUUCUAAAACUGGAUGAUGACCGGGUUUUAUUUUUCCACCAAUCCGCCCGAGAAUAUCUCCUCAGAGACCAGACAGAUGAAGAUCCUACUGCCGAACUCUUUCGUGUGGAGGCAAGCAAGUGUCAUGGGGAAGCCGCCCACAAAUACCUGCAGAUCUGA